AGCGCCCAUCUUUUCAUGUCCAUUGACACUGAUAGUUGAUAUGUCUCCUGGCUUCUCAAUUUGACCCUCUUUUUUUUCCUUUUCUUUUCUUUUUCUUUAUUUUUCUCUCUCUCCCUUCUCCCCAUCAUUGUCAAGCUAUAUACACACUGCACAAACGCAUGAAAGAUAGCAAAAUAAACUUGAUGGAGUGUUUGGGUGGAGGAGGUGAAGUUGCAAGAAAUAAUGCAAUGUUGGUUUAUCCAAAGAUGAUGGGUGCCAACCCUUCUGAAAGAUGGGGACAUUCAGCUUGCUACUUCAAUGGCUUGAUUUACAUUUUUGGAGGAUGUCGCGGGGGCGUGCAUUUCAGCGACGUGCUGGUCUGCAAUCUUGCAACGAUGAGCUGGAACGUUCUCAAGACAACGGGCCAGGGGCCGGGGCCGAGGGACAGCCACAGCGCCGUGCUUGUGGGCCACAAGAUGCUAGUGUUUGGAGGCUCUAAUGGAUGCAGGAAGGUGAAUGAAUUCCACAUAUUGGAUCUGCUCUCGAGGGAGUGGGCCCGCCCCGAGUGCCACGGAGAUCCGCCUUGUGCUCGGGAGAGCCACACGGCCAACGUUGUUGGUGACGAGAAGAUGGUCAUCUUUGGGGGAAGUGGAGAAGGGGAGGCUAAUUAUUUGAAUGACUUGCAUGUCUUGGACCUCAACACUAUGGAGUGGUCUUCUCCCGAGGUGAAGGGGAGUGUACCCGCCCCUCGUGACAGCCACAUCGCGGUGGCUGUUGGCCACCGCCUUUUCAUGUUUGGUGGUGACUCUGGUUAUAGAGCUCAAGGAGAUGUUAAUGUGUUGGACAUGAAUAAAGUGGUUUGGUCUAAGUUGGAAACUCACGGAGCUUCACCCGGUGCUCGUGCAGGGCAUGCUGCUGUAAGCAUAGGCACCAAGGUGUAUGUGCUCGGGGGAGUUGGUGAUAAGCCAUGCUACAAUGAUAUAUGGGUUCUUGAUGUGAUAACGUCUUCGUGGGUUCAACUCGAUAUCAAUUCACCGAAAUCUCAAGGGAGAUUCUCUCAUACAGCCACUGUCACAAAUUUGGGCAUUGCCAUAUUUGGAGGGUGUGGAGAGGACGAACGCCCUUUAAAUGAAUUACUCGUUCUGCAGAUUGACUCGCAAACGUGCAGGGCUUUUGGAAACACGUAUAAAGAAGAAAUCAAGAAGAUUUCACUCACCAACAAAGCUGAGAAUAAUUUGAAGAAGACGAUAUUUGUAGUCGACAAUGAAGAUUCAACAUCACAGCAAGUCGAGGAGCUUGAGCUCGUUCCAAAGCAGGCUUUUCGUUUUGGUUCUGGGAGGUUGCAUCCGAAGAGGCGAAGAACUAGCAAUUCAAAGCAACCUGAAGAUACACUGGAGCUCAAAGAACAUUCUAUUUCACUGUCACAGCAAUCAUCCCCGUCGUCCCAAUCUGAUCACGAGCAGGCUAUGCAGAAAAACACGGGCAACUCCUACUCUUCUCCCCGAGUUCACAUGAUGUUCAGGCAGAACGCCUCCACUCCAAACUGUUUCCAGCCGCCUUCAAAUCAGGCCAGCUCCAGGCACGCAGUUUCUAGAACUUUCCCGGAGAUAUAUCCAUCAUUGGACCAUCCAAAUCAAGUCAAACCGGAACAUAAGAACGUGAUCUGCAGUGAUGCAUGUCGAGUGCAGUGCAAUGCUGCAGAAUCAUUAUCUCUAGGGAAAACAAGAAAUCUGAUGGGGGCAGAGGUACGUGGUCAGGUUGAUGGGACGUUCGACUCAGGCUACCUCAUGACGGCAACUGUGAAUGGGAAAGUGUUUCGAGGGGUGUUAUUUGCUGCAGGACCUGAUCUUGUUACGCGUGGCGCCACUUUCAGCCACCAUCCUCAUUCUUCCCCUCACGCUAGCAAUGUACAAAAUCCCAUAGUGGCGUUUCCAAGGCAUCCGGUGAAGGUGGUUGGACACGUCUCUGAACAAGCGCAACUCAGAAGGUUGUCCCCCGAGAGACGAGCCUCUCUUCCUAUUGCGAAGGAGUCGAGGGCUAAAAGUGAGCUACAAGGUGUAGUCUUAACUCUGGCGAGUCCCGGGAGUGACCGCAGUAGGAUUUAGAAACUCCCUUAGUUUUUGUAAGGUUGGAUAUCUUGUAAAUUUUCUUGGUGUAGUGUUUUCUGUUUCAAGGAUCUUAUAUAAAGCUGAGGUUGUUUGGAA